AUGUUAAAAUGUAUUAUUGAUAUUUAUCAUGAUGAAUUAUGGGAUUCUAUUGUUUCUGGCUGCUCAGAUAAAUGCUGUACCAUGAUUUACCACCAAACUUUACUUUUUCUUAAGAAGAAAGUGGCAAUUUGUGGUUUGAAUGAGCAAGAAACAGCUAUUUUCCUACCCAUUAGUUACAUUCUCACAAAUUCCUGUAAUGUACCCAUUUUGUUCUCCAAGCUGGUUCUUACUCCAGUGGGGGUUUCAGUGAAGCAAGUAUGUAUAGGUAAGAUAUAUUUUCUAAUUAAGAAAAAGAGAAAACACUCAUGUUAUUAUAAUACCUUCCUGGCUGAGUUGGAGGAGGGGCAAACUAACCACGCUGUUCAUUGGAGAACCUUGAGACUCUUCUCAGGACCCUUCUAUAGGUGA